UCACCCGUUACAUCCGAAUGACCUACCCAUUUCGAGUCCACAUUAUGUUCUCACAGUGCCGGAUCUACCUCGCCCUGACCGUCAUCUUCCUGCUGGCGGCCUCAACUUGUUUGGUCUACUACAAGAACUACACCGACACAGGAAGAGUGUACUAUAAUUGUGAGGCCUGUGUCCUGGUCCCCGGGGCUAACACUGUAGUCUUCAAGAUGGUUCAGCUCAUGCCUGUCUACGUCAUCCCUGGGUGCCUGAUACUCUUCUUCCAUUGGAGAAUCAUUGUCAACUACCAGCAGAUGCUUCAUAGGAGGGACAGUUUGCGAAAGCACUACCAUGAAAUAGCCAAGAAAAUCUUAGACUUGAAAAGCAAGAUUGAUGUAAAAGAGGAGCAGGAAAUGCCGAUAAUGACAAAUGCUCCUAAAGAUGCGCCAGUAAAUAAUUACAGCAAUGUAGAUAUCCCAGCCAUCACACCUGACGAAAGAUUUCAUCACCCGUCUAGCAUGAAAGACUUCAAUACAGUCAGUAAACAAAAAACUCCUAAAAAAAUCCGAUUCUCUCACGUGGUGGACCUGGAAACCGCCAAAGUGGAGAUCCUCAGCUGCUGCUCCAAAUUGUCAAUGGGUUCGUGUUCGAGCGUCGACCCUUCUAUGGACAUUGACACCACAGAAGUCAAGAGAAUCAUGCUGAUCAAAGAGGAGCGAAACCUUCGCCGAAUCCGCGCGUCCUACGGGAUCCUGUAUCUCGCCGCGCUGAGCGACGACUACAUUGUUUGGGACGACAGCAACAGGGUCCGCAAGCGGAAAAGGCACGACACGCUGGACGUUAUUGGUCGCAAAGGGCUGCAAGGCUGCUGCAUGCUGAGAACUCCGACGCUGCGCGUGGUGGUGGCCUGCGCGUCGGUCAUCUUCAUCAUCUUCCACACGCCCUUCUGCGUCUGGUAUUCCAUAUCGCACAUGUUCCCUGGCCACACCAUGUACGACACGGCCAAGAAGAAUUUGGCCAGCACCGUGGUGCUUCUGUUGACAUUUUGCUGCAACGCCAUCAACUUCCUCCUGUACAGCACGCUGACUUCCAAGUUUCAGGCUGAGCUCUGCAGCUGCUUGAUGUGUUACCACGACGUGAGACGGAAGCAGCUGUCGCCCAAUGACAGUGCCAACGUCAGCGAGAUCUCAGUGACUGAAGAAGAUUAGAACUGAAACCUUUACUUACCAAUGUCAGUCGCCCCCGUCAUUAAACUUUGACUAAGAUUCA